AUGGACCGGCGGCGGGGCGCCGCGCGGGAGUUCGAGGACUUCGACCCGGCCGUGGAGUGGAAGCUGCCCGGGGAGGACCAGGACGUGGUGGAGAUCUCGCUGCCGGGGUUCCGCAAGGACCAGGUGAGGGUGCAGGUGGACAACCACGGCGUGCUCCGCGCCACCGGGGAGCGGCCGGCGAGGGGUGGCCGGUGGGCGCGGUUCAAGAAGGACCUCCGCCUCCCCGACAACUGCGACGCCGACGGCGUCCGCGCCAGGUUCGAGGGCGAGAAGCUCAUCAUCACGCUCCCCAUCGUCGCCGCGGCCGGAAAGACGCCAUCCCCUGAGCCCGAGACGUCGCCGUCACCGCCACCGGCACCGCCUCGCUGGCCUCCUGCGGCCUACUCUGAGCCGCCGACGAAACAACGUCAAUCACCGCCACUCCCGCCACCACCUCGCCGUCCUCCAGGCUAUUCUCAGUCGCCGCCGCGUCGGCGCCCAUCGCCACCACCGCUGGCACCACCUCGUGCUCCUGCUUAUGAACGGCCGCCGCCACAAGCUCCGUCGCAACCGCCUCCACCACCAACUCGCCCUCCAAGUUAUUCCGAACCGGCGCCGCCACGUCCAUCACCACCGCCUCCACCCCCACCUCGUCUUCCAAGUUAUUCUAAGCCAACGCCGCCGCUCCGGCCUCCAUCGCCGCCGCCACCGCCACCGCCACCACCACCUAGAAUUUAUUUCGAGCCUCCUCGGCGUGUAUCACCCCCUCGUGCUCCUACUGAGCCGCCGCCGCCGCCACCGCCACCGCCACCGCCGCCACCACCUAGAACUUAUUUUGAGCCACCACGUCGGCGUGUAUCACCCCCUCGUGCUCCUACUGAGCCGCCGCCGCCACCGCCAGCACCACCUAGAACUUAUUUUGAGCCACCACGUCGGCGUGUAUCACCGCCUCGUGCUCCUACUGAGCCGCCGCCGCCGCCGCCACCACCUAGUACUUAUUUUGAGCCACGUCGGCGUGUAUCACCGCCUCGGGCUCCUACUGAGCCGCCGCCGCGUCGGCCUGCAUCGCCGCCGCCAGCACCACCACCUCCACCUCCAAAGUACGAGCAGCCACCAAGUCGGCGUCCACCACCACCAGCACCACCCGCGCCGCCUCGUCAAACUUACUCUGACCCGCCGCCGCGUCAGCCUCCGUCACCCCCACCGCCACCACCUCGCCUUCCUGCUCACUCUAAGCUGCCGCCGGCGCCGGCUCCACGUCCAUCUCCACCGCCGGCACCACCACGCCCUCCUAUUUCUCCAGAGCCACCGCGACGUUCACCGCCUCCACCCGAACCACCUCGCGCUCCUAUUUUUUCAGACCUGCCACCGCCGUCGCCACAGCCUCCACGACCAGCUCCGUCGAAGCCCGCCGUUGACGAAUGGACAAAGGCAACCGCCGCAGAGCCGAAGCCGUCGCCGCCCCCACAUGGGAGAGCAAUGCCAGAGAGAGCAAUCUCCGUGUCACCCCCUUCUCCGGCACCUCUGCCUACUCGUCACGCAGAUGAAGCGCCGAAGAAGCAACUGCAAGAUGCCACUGCUCCGGCAGCCGUGCCUACUGGUCGCGCAGAGGAAACGCCGAAGGAGCCACUGCAAGAUACCAAGGUACCAGAGGAAGACGGCAAGAUCAGUCGGGCACUACCGGAGGAGAAGAAGAAGAGCAAGAAAAAGAAGGGGACGCAGGAGCAGACGGGUGGUAAGUUUGGGAAGAACCAAGCGCAGGCGCUGGGAGAUGCUCCGGCGACGACGUCGGCGGAGCCUGCAAGGCAGCUGCUGGUGAACGCUGUUGCGGCGGCGGCCGUGCUUGUGGGGAUCAUCUGGUCGGCGUGGCGCAACCUCAGCAGCUGAGCGGCCGAUAUAUAGACUGCCCAUUUGAAGUGGACCGAAACUUUUAAAAGUGCUGCUUGUAAUUAUGUGUUGUUCUGAACUUGCAAUUGCACAAGUCAUUCCCAGAUUGACCAAACAGAGUAUCAGUGUAUAAACAUGUACUGUAGCUCACACAGACCACUCUCUGUGUCAAAAGCAAAAAACUACUGUAUGAAAACAAAAUUAGAGUGCCUUAUGGGUGUGUGCAAUGGCAAGUUCACAACACAUAAUGUGAAGCAGCACUUCACGAGUUCCAAGUCUCUUGUAUGAAAACAAGCAAAACACACAGCAAGUUUCCUUCAGCAUGACAUGUAAACUCACACUCGUGUGUCAAGCAAAAUCUACUGUAUGAAAAAAGAAAAGAGUGAAAUGUGGGGGUGUGCAAUGGCAAGUUCACCACACAUAAUUCCCUUGCGUGUCAAAGCAAA